AUGGCAGACACAAAAGACUACCCCAACCUCGAAGCAGUCAUCUCAACAGACCACAUUGAGAAGACUCAAGUAACUCAAAACGAUGGCCAUGGUCAUAUUGAAGGAAACGCCCUUCUAGUCGACAAAAAGGGCGAAGUCCGCAAGAUUCCUGUUCCAUCUUCAGACCCUAAUGAUCCUCUCAACUUUCGACCAUGGGAAAAGUACGGACUUGUCUUUUGCUGUUGCUGGUUCUCUGUUAUGGGUCUCUCAGUGGCCAGUGGACUUGGAGCUAUUCUGAAUGUUUUCUUUGAGAUGUAUAUUCCUCAGGGAUAUAACUCGGAUCAAGUUGUGCUACUUAUUACGUUGCCGACUUUGUUUAUUGGUCUUGGAAACUACAUCAUUCUUCCAUUAUCCCUCGCCUUUGGCCGUCGUCCUAUCUUUCUUAUCUCGGUGAUUGUUCUCUUCGCGGCCAGCAUCGCGGCAGCUACACAGAACAGUUACAAUGGCCAUCUCGCCGCCCGUAUAAUCCAAGGCACCGCAACUGGCGCAUCCGAAUCUCUCCUUCCUCUCAUGCUAACAGAAGUAACAUUCCUCCACGAACGUGCCUUCAUUUUCGGUCUUUACUGGAUGUUACAGAACGCUCUCUCUUCAUCCCUCAACCUUGCAUCUUCCUACAUCAACGCUGACCUCGGCUGGCGCUGGUACUACUGGGUCUUCACCAUCACAGUGGGAGUCGGUUUGGUUAUUGCUUUCUUCCUGGGCUUUGAGACGCAGUUUACAAGACCCGCUGCCUCGCUCGAUGGCCAACUUGUCGUUACGGAUGAGUUUGGCGUUACAAGGGUCAUUCCUGAUUCGGAGGCUCAAGCUUAUCUGGAAGAGAUGUCGAGAUCUGGAUUAACACCUCCAGGUGCUGAGAACUCGGACGAGAACAUUGAGCGUAAGACUUACUUGCAGCGUCUUCAACCGUGGUCCAAGCCCUCUUCGCAGCCAGUACGAGUUAUCCUUCUGAGCUGGAAGUACAUGAUCACUUCGUUCGCAUCACCCGGUAUCUUAUACGCCGUUCUUACAUCCUCCAUUGCUCUCGGUUGUGGUGUGGGCAUGUCUUUGACCUACAAUACAGUCUUGAUGGGUGAGUAUCACUGGCAAGCCAAGGAUAUUGGUUUGGUCAACGUCGGCGGAGCGAUUGGAGCGAUAAUCGCCAUGUUAUACUGCACAUUCGUUGCCAACCCAUUCGUCAUGUGGAUGGCCCGUCGCAACCGCGGUAUUCACCAGCCCGAGCAUCACCUCAUCACUCUCGCUCCGGCCGCAGUCAUCGGCACAGCCAUGCUUCUUCUAUAUGGCUUCACUGCCGGGGGCGGAGCGACAUGGUGGGGACCUUAUCUCGGAUGGACCAUCUUCCAAUACUCCUUCACGACUGUUCUCAUCGUUUCUACCACUUUUGCUUCUGAAGCGGCCCCCAAACAUCCCGGUCCUGCGAUCGUUACUGUUGUUGGAACCAAGAAUGUCAUCUCUUUUGGAGUCACGUAUGGAUUGACACCUAUGGUGGAAGAGCAUGGGUACCCAUGGGCCUUUGGUGUGUUAGCUGGUAUCUUUGCUAUUAUCUUUCUUUUAGGUAUUCCUGUUUGUAUCUGGAAUCCUAAGUGGAGGGCUUAUAUUGCAUCAAGGGAGGCGAAGAAGGGUGCAGACUAG